GGCGGGACCGCGCUCAGCCAGAGCCGGGCUCGGCAGACAUGCGAGAGCCAGGGGCCCGGGAGGGGCCCGAGGCCCCGGACGCCGCCCGGCCGCCGCAGGCAGCGCCCCCUGAGGCGGAGGAGGCCGAGGCCCGCUACGACCCGUACGAGCGGUACAACGUGCGGGAGUGGAGCGGGCCGCGGGGCCCGGGCUCCGGCGGGAAGGGCCGCAGCCGCCGGGAGCGGGAGCUCCGCACCAACCGCUACCUCCCCGCCGGCCACGAGAGGAAGCUCGCCCAAAAGCUGCGCAACAGCCAGGCCAAGCGGCGCCGCUGGGAGCAGCGGGGGCCUCGCUCCACCCGGGCCGGGAGGCGCAGCGCCAGGGCUGACUAGAGGACCGGAUGUUAAACAUCUCCACGCAUUCCGACUGCUCUUCCCCUUAGGAAGAGGGAGUCCUGCUCAGGAGUGCUAUGCAAUGGGAUCUCCUUAACCUCACCUGUUGCACUGUUUAAAUACCAUGUCUUGUAGGACAAAUAAGUGACAUGUUUUUCCAAUAAGACCAAGGUCCUUGGUA